AUGAGGUCGGAAUCCAACCAACGCCUCGAAGUCUGUCAAUGCGAUCGCCAUCUCAGGCUUGUGAUUAGCAUCCGGGUAAUGGAAAGGAUCCGUUCGGUGCAACUCUUCGGCCAACUGCUUGUUCGGGUGCGCCUCGCCUUCCCUACGGACAACACUUUGAAUAGAAACGGAAGGUUAUCCCCAUAUUUGGCCACAAUAUUGACUGUUCCCACGUAUUCCGGGAAUGACUGCAACAGAUUCAACAACGUCUUGUUGUCCAGUUCCGGGUCAGGACUGACCACAAUCGUGGGCCCCGACGGGUGGGUGCCCAUCCAGAGCUGCAAAUAUUCUGGGCGUCAAUACAAUGGCAAACCUCAGCGUGUGGAGAGUCGGCGUCCACUGAAUAGCCGGGUACUAAUGGACAGCCAGUCAUUACAACCGCUGCGCUAUUCAUCACUGGAGUGGAGAUUUCAGACACAAUUGGCAUCGCGUGCAGCGAGGGAUCAGUUGAAACCGGAAGUGAUACUGAAGUUUGAAUUGAAUGGCGAAAGUGAUGUGAAGAAGUACGUGACAGUGGUGUGCGAUGUCUCCAAUUUGGUGCACAUCCACGACGUGUUAGAGGAGGCGCUGAUGACAGCCCGGUCUCAACAUUUGCUUAAAAUAGUGAGACGGGUCGCCAAAACAGCAGACAAAUAACUUUUGGCACUAAUGCUAAUCAUAAACAUAAAAUCCCUAAUAAAAUCAGUCGAGUGUUAAAUGCAAUCCAAUGCCACUCAUAUGAACCGACAGUCAAUACUAUGGAAAUCAAUUGAAACCCGAAUGACAUUUAUGUUAUAAAUAUAUGUUGAAAAUGUUUUACAUUUUUAUAGUAUUUUUCAAAUUAUUUAUUAUAUUUUUGAAACAAAACUUAUUUCAUAAUAAAUUGCCUAUAAAUGACAUAAAAACAGAUUCAGAAUAAAGUUGAGGCAUUAUAUUUUGCU